CAUUACAUUAUCUAUGCUGAUGAUCCACUAUCAGUUACGAAACUAUUUUGUGAACCACUGGCCGCUCACUGCUAACAUUGUACCACUUUUGAGUUACCGCCGUUACCAAUAGUUUUGAGGUUAUAGUCGAUGUCGGCCGCUGUGUGAUAGCAAUACUUCCCAUACUUCGUUUUCUUGAUUUUCACACACGUUUCGGUCAAGUUUUUUUUGAAUUCAGUUUACUCAUUGCACGACUUAUAAUUAAUAAGUUGGAACGCCCGAACCAAUAUGGACAACAAAGUGAACGAUCUUUUCAACAAAAUGGGAGCAGCCAAAGGUCUGAAUAUCGGCGUGAAACUCGUCGCCGGUGUCGGUCUGGCUGCUUACGGUUUGGCCAAUUCGAUGUUCACGGGUAAUUAAAAACAAUUUUUGUUCUCGUCGUUCUCGAGGGUUUAGUUAUUUGUAAGUGUACUUUGAUGAAUACUUUGGCUAGACCAUUUCGUUACCCACAUAAUAUUAUCAAAUUUACAUAUAUUCGACCGUGAUAUUGCGCAACAUUAUAACAUUAUAUCAUUAAACUCGAAUUCUAAUAUUAGUUUUGACUCCCGUUUAAAGUUAUAUUUUAUUACUGAUCGUAAAAGUACGUAUCGGCGCGUGUGAUAAACUUGUGCUUAAACGACCAUUUAAUGGUAUACAGCAGUGAUUACCAACCUUUUUUUAACAGAGGGCAGUAAAAAAAUUGGCCGGCCAAGAAUUUAAAUUUUUACUUUUAAGUUAACAGAAUAGUAUAUUUUAUUGUAGUUAUGUCUUAAUAUAGGUACAGUGAUAUAUUUAAUUAUUUAUUAUUUAUUGAAUAUCGAUCGUUAUAAAUGAGAAAAAAAUCUAAAGUAUAGAGGGAGUGUUGAAUUUUUGAAAUUUGAUUUAAUACUUUGGUAGGCCGAUUAAUAAAUAAUCGAGAGCCGGAAUAGGCCAAUGGGCCGUCGUUGGUCACUACUGGUAUGCAGCAUGAGUGAGACAUUUUAGAAUCUUUAUGAUGUAGUAUUAAUGUGGUUGUCCGACAAAACUAGUUUAAUCAUUUGUAAUAAAACCAAUGAAGACGUGUAAAAUAAUAUUAAAUCCUUAAUUAAAUAUUUUACGCCGUAAUUAUGAGAUGUUGGUAGGUAUUCAGUUCAAAUGUACAUAUUAUCCAGGAUAAAAAAUACAAUUAGUUAGGUGUACAUAAAAUAUUUACUCAUAUAUUUUUAAAAUGAAGUUUAAAAUGAGUUAGUGACCUAGUUGGGCCUCUUAUUCCACUUUUCACUGUUGCCCACCUGACGUGGUUUUGUAAUUUCGAAAAUACGAUUUUAGCUUAUUAUAUAUUCCCAAAAAAAAUCCGAAAUUUUGAGAGAGUGUUAGUAGGUAUUAUAUUCCUAAACAGCCAAAUAUAUUUUAUCUACAAUCACAGUAACAAACUUAUCAAAAUGUUUUGAAUUUUUGAUUAAAAUUUUUAUUUUUUUUUCAAGUUUACUUGAAUACUCUAUGGUUUACAUAGAGUCGGCUUUCGUAUUAGGUACAUAGAAUAUGUCUAUUUUGAUCAAUUGUAUAAUAUAUGAAAUAUUGUACACAAAAUGAUGACAGAUAAUUGGUUACUAUAUUUAUUUUUGUUUCACGAUUUUUUGAGUAUUCAUUAUACAUUUUAGAUUAAGAGUGUAUUCAUAUUUAACUUCGAAAAUUGUUAAUACAUAUUAUUUUUUGUUUUUGUUAUUUUUUUUUGCAAGUAAAGAUGUAAAAAAAAAAAACAUUUUAAUUAAAAAAAGAAGUUACCUAAAACAAUAUUGUUUAUUUUUAUUUAAUAAACAAGUAUUAUUACUAAUAUUUGUACCAAUUAUUUAUACUUGAAAAAAAAAAAAAUGUAUUGAUACAAAAUUAUUUAUUUGGUUUGGUCAUGGGUAUUAAGUAUUGGUAGUCAGAAAAAAAUAUUUGAAAAAAACCGGUUACUAUCAAAUAGUCUAUUUUAAAUAAGGCUCAGAUUUAUAUUUUAGAUUCUGAGUGUAUCAAUGAAUUUAUUGGUUUUACAAAAAAUUUUAUUUUUUAUUUUUUUACACUGUGUACAAAUAUUCUAUUAUAAAGUUUGCUCCCAUAUAUAUAUGUGUGUGGCACCAUUUCUGAAUAGAAAUAUUGUCCAGAUGGUACUUUUGGGAGGUAAUAUUUUGAUUUUUCUAGCAGUUUUCAUAAUAUCUGGGAAAAAAUGGGAAAUGUACGAAAAAAAUGUUUUUAUUAUUUUUUUAAUUUUGUUUAUUGUUGUAAUUCAGUUAAAAACAUUUGUAGAGAUUUGAAAUUUGAAAAGAAAACUUCUAUUUGCUUUUUGUAGACAUGGUAAUAUUUUCAAAACAUUUGAGCUAUUUUUAAACUUUUCCAUGAGUUUUCCCAAUAAAUGGGAAAAACUUGACAAUAAAUACAAUAUUAAACAAAUAUUACUAAAAAAAAUUAAUAGGUAAUACAUAUUAUGUUAUUUUUUUACCAUAAUAUGACAUAUAUAUAUUGUUGACAAAGCAACACUAUUAACCAAACUCUGCUCAGAAUCAUUUUUGUUAGAAAUGUUUAAUUGUUGCGUACAUAUACAUUAAAUUUUCCCUCUACUACCUUUAUAACUUAUCACCUACAACAAUGGUCCACCCAUGUGCAAAGUAUGUCCAUCUUUUUAUUUAUGAUCAUAAAAAGAUAAGAGAUGUCACUGAAUAUUUUCAGCUCAUAUGUAUCCUUUUAUAAUAUUAUGGAAGAUGAAGGGGGAUGAUUAUUAUAAUUAAAAACAAAUUUGUAUGCUUAUAUUGCAUCUUGUAAAAUUAGAAUCCUAAAAGUAUCCAUGAAAUAUUAUAAUAUCUUUUUUGGGUUGAUGAAAAACAUUUGACAAAAGUAAAAUUGUAUUCCUUAUUGGUACCUCGCAUGUCAUUACAUAACAUCUUUUAAAGUUAAAACAAAUACAUUUGAUUCUUGAAGUUAUUUACUUAGUCCGGAUUAUAAAUACAACCAUUUUAACUUACACUUUUAAUUUUUUUUUUAGUUGAAGGUGGUCACCGUGCAAUUAUGUUCAAUCGAAUUGGAGGUGUCCAAAGAGAAGUGUUUCCCGAAGGAUUACACUUUCGUCUACCUUGGUUUCAAUAUCCUAUCAUUUUUGAUAUUAGAUCCAGACCACGGAAAAUAUCUUCACCCACUGGUUCUAAAGAUUUACAAAUGGUUUACAAACAUUUUUUAUAAUAAUAUAAUAUAAUAUUCUAUAUUAUUAUAUAAAGUAUAUAGUUUUUAUAUAAAUUGAUUUUAUAAUACACUAGGUUAACAUUUCACUCAGAGUCUUGUCAAGACCAGAUGCCAUAAAAUUGCCAGACAUGUACCAGCAUUUGGGUAUUGAUUAUGAUGAAAAAGUAUUGCCUUCCAUCUGUAACGAAGUUUUGAAAUCUGUCGUUGCUAAAUAUAAUGCGUCACAGCUAAUUACUCAAAGACAACAGGUACUAAUAUGCACGUGGUAUAUUAUAUAAAAUAUUACAAACGUGUAUUUUAUAAUAUGUUCCUACUGGUUUAUUGUCUGCUUUAAUGUAUCUUGUUGCGGUCAAUUUUUUGUUUUACAUUUUACUUGAGAGAAUAGUCUAAUCAACUGUUUUCCAAAUAACUGAACAAUGGCCGACAUUGUUAAUAGUUGAGGAAAUGAUAAUUACAUAUCUAUAUUGAAUAUUUCAAAUUUUGAAAUGUAUUGAAAUUUAACUGUAUAUAAACUAAUUUGUUAUAGAAAAAAGAAUGAAAUGGUACCGGAUUUAUAAUCCCUAUGUAAUAAGCAUUGUUAUCAAUUUUAACAAAAAAAAUCUAUAUAAUUAUAAAUAGAUUUUUUUUUUUUUUAACUUGCUAGAAUUAAUUCAGAGUUAACAACUCUGUAUUCUUGAACGGCAGGGCAGUUUACUUUGAUAUAAAGAACGAUACUAGAGUUUACAAAUUAUCUAAAGUUGAGUUUUUGAAUGCACUCCUCUUUAUGCCACAAAUAAAGACAUUUUGCUAUUCAAGUGUGGCGUCUAAAUAUUAUUUAAUAAUUUUGAUUUUGUAUUGAAAUAGUUAAAUCUAUCAUCUUACAAUAUUAUUCACAGACAUUUUUAAUAUUUACAACAGUGUCUUCUAAUCUUUUUGAAACUAUUUGUCAUUUAGAGAAUUUUCAGUAAAUUACAGAACACCUAGAUUGGCUGAUGAUUUUUUUUUUCCAGUAAUGGCAUAAAAAUAAACGUUUAAUAUUAUGGUAUAAAUUACCACAGUUAAGUGUAAAGACCUUUGCCUUUAUUUUGGCAGGCUCACAAACUACCAGUUGGGACUCACUUAUUUACAGUCUAUGGAAUUUAGGACUGUUAUUGAUUAGAGUUAGGUCGAUAUUCCAGUAUAUAAAUCCAAUUUGUUAUUGUCUUGGAUCUAUGAGCUAAUAUAAAAAAGCUGUAUUUUCUGAAAAAUUGAUAUAAAUUAUGUGAAAUCAAAACAUCCAAGAUUUCUGCAUAGAUACCAUUGAUAAAUGAUAUAUCAUAAUAAUUAAAGCAUUAUUCAAGGUCAAGGUGUGUUUACUAUUUAUCAGUUUAUCAUGUACCUUUAAAUACACUUUGCCAUUAUUGUUAUAACCACCAUUAAAUGCAAAUUGAUAUGCUACUUAAAUUUAUAUUGAUUUAAUUAUCAGUUUAAAAAAAACCAUUGAUUCCUGAUAUACUGAUGUACCAAUAUCAAUAUCAGCUGAGUGUAUUAUUUAUACUUUUUUCUUAUUUCUUGAAUAAAUAGUGAUUUAAAUAGCAAUUUAGGUAUUUUUUUUAUUGAAGGUUCUAAUAUUAAUAUAAUUGUCUACAAUUUGUUAUAGGUUUCACUUCUCAUUAGAAAGCAACUCGUUGAUCGUGCUCGUGAUUUUAAUAUAAUCUUGGACGAUGUAUCCAUAACUGAAUUGAGUUUUGGCAAAGAAUAUACAGCAGCUGUAGAGGCUAAACAAGUGGCCCAACAAGAAGCUCAACGUGCUGUAUUUUUUGUCGAACGGGCAAAACAAGAACGUCAACAAAAAAUUUUGCAAGCUGAGGGAGAAGCAGAAGCAGCAAAAAUGAUAUCCUUUUUUAUUAUUAAUUUAUUCCAUUUUCUAAUCUUCUAUAUAUUAUUAUUAUUAUACUGGUUCUCCGAAUUUCAUGAUAAUUAUUAUAUUUUCAUUAACUCGUUAAUGAGGUAUUCCAUUUUUAAAUUUGGGUAGGAAUUGAGUAGUUUAAUGUUCUAAACUGUUAAAAAAUAUUUGCCCCUCUUUAUUUAUAGUUACACUAGUCAUCCAAAAUCUCUUCUUUCUCGUGUAUAUCUUGAGUUAAGUGAUUUAGAGUGUCUUAUUUUUGUGCUACUGCAUUACAUAUAUUUUUGUUUUUGUAUUUGUAUUUACCUAUACAGUGAAGGUUGUCAAAAAAAAAAAAAAUGUUUAAUUAAAUUCACUAACUUUAUUUUAAUGAACAUGGUAAGCUUAAAAAUGAAAUUAUUUUUUUAUUCUGACCUUUUAGUUCUUCAUAAAUUGAGUUUAAGCAUUAAAAAAUCAAUAAAUUGAAAAGUAUUCAAAACAAUCGGUAUUGGCGAGAAUAAAUGUAUCUUACCUGGUUUCUGGUUUAGUGGGUUACCACUGACUGAAAUCACUCUUUAUUAUUUAUUUCAGAUUGAUAAUAUUAUUAACAUGAUCUCAUGAGUAUGGUGACCUUAUUAUACCUGAUAUUUGGUAAGACAUAUUUGAAUUUGGGUCAAAACUGAUAUUUUUAAACUAGGUAAAUUUUUAAAAAAUCAAGUCUUAAAAUAAUGAAAAGUUCAGACAAAACUUUAAAAUUAGGAAAAAAUUAUUGACAACCUCCAUUCCUGCUUGGCGUUAAUUCAAUAAAUAAUUAAAUAAUUACUAUAAUCCUGCUGAGAUAUUAUGUAUCGCAACUAUUAUAUAAUAUUUUCUUCCAGUAUACAUUUAUUUAUUUUUAAGAUACAUUCACCUUAACUGAAAUGUUCACUUAGGAGAAGCUGUUGGUAGAAAUCCAGGUUACCUAAAACUUCGUAAAAUCAGGGCAGCUCAAAAUAUUUCCAGAACGGUAUGUCUGAAAUGUCUGUUAUUAACGAAAAUAGUUAUAAUUAAUCAUUUUAUUUUUUAACUUUUAGAUUGCCACUUCUCAAAACAAAGUGUUCCUCAGUGGAAAUAAUCUUAUGUUAAACAUUAGUGAUCCUGCAUUCGAUGAACAAAGUGACAAAUUGAAAAGUAAGAAGUAGACUGGAUGAAUUUUAUAUGUAGUAGGUUAGGUUAUGUUAAUUGCUUGUAAUGUAUUCCAUUCAAAACUGUAUAAUUUCAACAAAAAUAUGUUUAAAGAAAUUUUUUUUUUUUUAUUAUUAUUAUUAUUAUUAUUAUUAUGUGUUUUCAUCCAAGUAAAAUAUACUUCUUCAGAGAUGUAUACAUUUAAAUUAUAAUUUUUUUUAAAAAAAUUAUAUUGGAUGAAAUUCCUGGGUGAUUCCUGUUUUAUGAUUAUUUUAGGCGGAACGUAUAACAAUAGCGUAGUAUCAAUUUCUCUGCCAAAUAAUAAUGUUCAAUCCGAUGAAAGUAAUAUUGUCAGUAUAGCAUACAAAACUGCAAUCAAUUAUGCUAAAACAAUAAAAGAAGAAGAAAAUGUGAAUUAAUUAUUAUUUUUUUUAUUUUUAUUUUUUUUUUAUUUUCUUCACUACUUUUAUGUAGUAUUUUGUACUUAAAUUUUAAUUAAUCUAGUACUGGUAGCCAAUUUAUUAAAAGUUAUUGUUUACAGAAUUUUUAUUUUAAUGUGCUCAAAAAAAAAAUUUAUAUAAAAGAGUCAAAUUUAGGAAUCUUAAUUACAAAUACUAUACUCUAUUCCAAAUAAAUCUAGAAAAAUGUUUGACGAAACCGCGUCCAGUUUGGCGCAGGUAUAUCACAUGAUCUGCCAGCAGCAAGCGCUGUUGGCAACGAUCUGGUUGUAUACAACCUGAUAGAAUUUUCAUAACACUGCGUACAUACAAGCUGCAUACAACGUUCUACUCUCCACAUAUAUAUUAUAAUGUAAAUAUAAUAUUAUAGUAUAUAUUAUGCUUGAACCGUUGUUAUUAUAAUCAUCCUUAUACAUGGCAAUGUGCUCCGGCUACCGAUCAAUCACAACGAGUAACAACGGGCGCCGAUAACUAACUAAUGACAGCACAUUUGCCUCCACAAUUUUUCCAGACCUAUUUGGAAUAGAAUAUAGCUACCGGUGGUGACCAUGGUAAUCACCAUACUCAUUGUUUACUAUUUAUUUUUUUUAUUAUUUUAUUUUUGGUUCUCAUGGUAAAUGAAUAAAGCGUUCUAGAUCUAGAGAUCUAGAUUUUUGUUAUUAAAAAAAAAAAGUCCAUUCAUCUCAUUUGUUUGACAAACGUGUAUAGUUUUUGUGUUAGGUGCAAUAUUUUUUUUUAUUGUUAUUGAGAAGGGUGACUAUACCCCCAUUUCAUUGUCUUGGUCUAACACAAAUAGGCAUUUUAUCAAAACUACAAUACUGAAAACAAAUUUUUAAAUGGAAUUAAAGUUUAAACAUAACAACAUUAGAAAAGAGAAUAUUGAAGGUGGUAUUUGGAUGGGGUAGGCAGGAGUAUGCAUUUACCCAACCUUAGAUUUUAGAAAAGUUUUGAGUCGGUUGCCAGGUUACAAUAGACUGCCUAGAGUCAUUAUGGGCCAUCAUAUAAUAUACAUAUCGUUGUGAAAAGGCAAAUAUAGUAUAUCAGUAAUCCAUAUUAAGAAGAGUGCAAAAAACUAGUUUUUUUUUUUAAAUAUUUUAAGUGUUAUAAGUGUAUGUAUUAGUAUAAAAUUCAUUAGAGGUUUUAUGUAAAGCCAAGUUGCGAUUACUUGCAUGUUAACAAAAGCGGAAAGAGUUUGCUAGAUAUAAAUUGUAAACAAGUAUUAAAUUAUUGUAGGGAGCAUCUGUUUUUUUCAGUAUGGAGUUUUAUAAUGCAUGGGUGACAGGCUAAAAUAUAUAUUUAGUUUACUAAUAGUGAUAUAUGCUUAUGAGACCUGAUAGACAGCUCAAGGAGAUGAGUAAAAACUUCUUAUAUUUGAGGGGUAGGUGCUAAGAAAAAUGUAGGGAUCUGUGAAAAAUGAAUCAACUUGGGACUACGAAAGGAGAAAAUAUACUACCUUAAAAUUUCUAUACAAACUAUCCCAUGAAGAUAAACUCUUGAAUAUUUCUGUAGAAAAUAAAGAUAAUCAAAUUCUGUUUUUUUUUAUAUAUAUAUUAUUUAGGGAUAAUAACAACAAAUAUUUAUUCUUAUUUAAAGUUUUUUUUUUAGUAAAAAAAUAAAAAUAUAUCUAUUUUAUUAUUUUUGGUAAAUUUUAAUACAACCACUUUUCUGAAAAUUUUAAUGUAUCACAAAUUUAUAUAUGAUGAAUAGUUUCUAAGUAACAGCUGUUUCGAAUUUUACUACUCCGUGUGAAAACCAAUGUUAUAUAGGGAAUAAUAUAACCGGGUUAUGUGAUAACAUCGAUUUUUACUCUAAUUAAUAGAAUUUAAAAUUGCUGUUAGAAACUUUUCAUCGGAUAUAAUUGUGUGAUACAUUAAAAUUUUCAGAAAAAUAAAUUCUAUAGAAUGGUUAUCUUAAAAUUUUCCAAAAAUAAUAAAGUAAAGUUAUUUUUUUAAUAAAAAAAUAAUAACAAUUUAUAUAUAAAUUAUAUACAUUGUGUUGUUAAAAAUGUAAGUAUAUCCUUGAGUGAAUGUUUAGUAAUUUGCGUUCCACUUUAAUUUUCAAAUAUCUGUAUCAACAAGAACAAAAAUUUAAUUUAAUCGAGAGCCCAAUACGAAAAUUGAAAUAUUUAAAAAUCUAAUUUUGAGAUGUGAAAUUUCCAUCUGGUCGUUAAUAUUAAACAUUUUUAAUUGUGGUCACUUCUAGAAAAAUUGUUUAAAUAUGAUACCACCGUGCCGAGAAUCUGAAUAUUUUAUGGUAUAUAUUAUGGAGUAGUCACAAAUAUUGAAAUAAAAAACAUAUUUAAAACCAAUAUAUUCAGAAUUUAAUCAAUAAGUAAAGUUUUGGUCAAGUAAGUUGAACAAUGAUUUUAGACUGAAAAAUAUUCUAUUUUUUGUUAACAUUUAUUUUUAACUACUACAUAUGUAUUGAUAUCUUAAUUAAUUUUUAAGAAAAUGUUUUUGAUUCUGUUUUUGCAACAGAUUAUAUUUUUAAUAUUUUAGUUGAAGGUUUAAUUGUUGUAAUAAGUAACCUGGAAUUAUAUGCGUUAAAAAAUUGACAAAUAUCACGGAAAUAUGUAAAGAAAAAAUUUGAUAAAACCUAUUCAGUUUGCAUUAAUUUAUAUACUUGACAAGUUGUAAUACUUACAAAACAUUACUUUUAUAAUAAUCAGUACAAUCAGUAAUCUGAACAAUAAAUACUUGAAUAAUUAAAAUCAAAAGUAAUUACAAAUAUUAAAAAUCAAUAUUUCAUUAUGUCUAGGCUGUUAAUAUUGAAAUCUUUUAAAAUAAUCUAAAACUUAUAAUGUCUAAAACAAAAGAUCAAAAGAACUAAAUCCAUUGGUUAGGUACUAGGUACCUAUUAAUAUUUUAAUAGGUAUAAUUGUUCCUCAAAGAAACAAUAUCAAUGAUUUUUAGAUUUGAGGAAUGUAUUUGUUUUACAAUGAUAUUUUUUACCUGUGAACAACUUAGCAAUUUUGAUCUGAUUUUCAAAUACAGUGCAUUCUGCUUAAUGUGAGCAAGUUGGGACCAGUUAUAUUUGUUCUUUUUAAAUGGUUACCCAUUUUAAUGGAAAUUAGAAUUGGGACUAAACCUUUAUGCCCAUAUUAGUCGACUGUCCGCAUUGGCCGGUGACCACAUUAAGCAGAAUCUAUUGUAGAGCACUUUAUAAAAGGAGAUUUGAAUGAGGUGGUACUUAAGGGAAGUCAUUUUUUGAUUUUCCCUGUUAUUUUCAUAAUAAAUGAGGAAAACUGGACAAUUUACAAAAUAUAUUAUUUUUUAAUUGUUGCGUAUAGGUAUACAUGAAUUCCCUUCUAUAUUCCAACUUCUCAUUUAUAAUAGUGGCCCAUCCAUCGUGCGAAAUAUGUUAUAUUUUUUUAGAUUAUGAGUAGAGUGAGGAAUUUAUUGAUUUUACAAAGAUGUUUUUUUUUUAUCUGUGAAUAACUUUCUUGCCAGUAAUUUUGCUCCGAUUUUAAAUUAUAGCACUUUUUCUGAAAAAAAAAUCUGAUUGGGGUGGUACUUUACACAGAUUAUUUUUUGAUUUUCCCAGUUGUAAAAUAACAACAUGGGAAAAUAGGUACAAUAUUAAACAAAUAUUAUUAAAAAAAAAAAUAUAUAUAUAAUGCAUAAUUUUCAUUAUGAUUUUUACACUGCGUUGCAUUUGUGAUAAUUUACCAUAUUAUGGCAUAUUUAAUGUUGAUAAAGCAAAUACUAUAUUAACCGAAUUCCGCUCAGAAUCGUUUUUCGUUAGCAACGGCCAAUGGUUAAUCGUUGCGUUCAGAUAUACCUCCUACAUUUUUCCCUAUACCUUCCAAACUUUUCACCUACAGGCUACAACAGUGGCUCAUCCAUCGUGCGAAGUAGGUAUGUCCGUUUUUUUACUUGUAAAAUUGAUUUAUUUUGUAAUUAGGCGGGUAUUGAAUUUGUUGAUUAAUAAUAAAACCCUGAUAAUAAUUAUCCAUAUUGCAUAUACAUGUAGGUUAAUAUAGGCUACAUAUUGCGUUUAUAUAGAAUCUCUACAUAGGUGUCUACCUGCUUUACAUUGGACACAAAUUAAGGAUAUAUAUUAAGGCAAUUGUUAUGAAUAGGUAUCUACCUAGUUUUUUUUUCAAAUCUACCCUCAAUUUCACAUUAUUGUAAUACAUUUUUAUUAUUUUUUCGUUGCAGAUGAAAAUGACGAAGAAAAGAUAGAAGUAGUUCCCGCACACGAUGUUGAAAACCCGUUAAAUAAAUAAGUGUACCUAUAUAGAUUAGUAAAAGUAAAAUUAAAUAUAUGAAGGGCUACGGGGAAGAACAAUAAUAGUCAAUGUCUAAAAUAUUCAGUAUUCCAGUUUUAAAGUUUCAGAACUAUAUUAAAACCUUAUUGAACCGUAUAAUUAAAUCUUUGCUAUAUCAUUGACUGUGAUUUUUAUCUUUUCAACUCUAUUCGAAAAUGAUAACAUUAUAACUAUCGUAUUUAUUAUUAUUAUUUUUCACUAUUAUCGUUUUUUCCU